CAGUUUGAAUUGUGCUGAUGUGGACACGUGCUAUACAAGUAAACUUUUCUCUCCCUCUCUCUUUCUCUGCCUGUCUUGUGAAAAUCUUUUACCCUGCAGCCUGACAGUCAGCCAGGUCAGCCAGAACUUCACAUUUGUGCUGACUGACAUUGAAAGCAAACAAAGAUUUGGCUUCUGUCGUCUUUCUACAGGUGCACACACCAGGUGCUACUGCAUUCUCAGUUACCUGCCUUGGUUUGAAGUCUUCUACAAGUUGCUGAAUAUCCUUGCAGAUUACACUGUCAAAGGCCAGGAAAGCAAAUGGCAGGAGCUCCUGGUGUCGCUACAUUCCCUUUCCGUCCGUGAGCCUGGCGUCCCGCUUCAUCUUGGUGUGCAUUCUUUCUUCACUGUGCCUGACGCAAGGGAGCUCCCCAGCAUACCUGAGAAUAGAAACCUAACUGAGUACUUUGUAGCAGUAGAUGUGAAUAACAUGCUUCAUCUGUACGCUAGUAUGCUUUAUGAACGUCGAAUCCUCAUCUGCUGUAGCAAACUAAGCACUUUGACUGCUUGUGUCCAUGGGUCUGCAGCCAUGUUAUAUCCAAUGCACUGGCAACAUGUUUACAUUCCUGUCCUGCCUCAGCAUCUAUUAGACUACUGCUGUGCCCCAAUGCCCUACCUCAUCGGAGUACAUUCCAGCCUGAUGGAGAAAGUUCGAGGGAUGGCUCUGGAUGAUGUAGUGGUCCUGAAUAUUGACACAAAUACACUGGAAACCCCCUAUGAUGAUCUCCAAAGCCUGCCCAAUGAUGUGGUUUCUUCUUUAAAAAGUCGUCUGAAGAAGGUUUCAACAACAACGGGGGAUGGUGUGGCCAAAGCUUUCCUCAAGAGUCAGGCAGCUCUGUUUGGCAGCUACCGAAACGCCCUGCAGAUUGAGCCGGGAGAGCCUAUAACAUUUAAUGAAGAAACCUUUAUCAACCAUCGUUCCAGUGCCAUGAGACAGUUUCUCCAAAAUGCAAUUCAGCUACAGCUCUUCAAACAGUUCAUUGAUGGUCGGUUGGACCUGCUAAACGCGGGAGAGGGUUUCAGUGACAUCUUUGAGGAGGAGAUCAGCAUGGGUGAAUACGCAGUCAGUGACAAGACCUACCACCAGUGGCUGCUCACUGUGAAGAAAGGAGGCGGAGCUAUCUUCAACACAGUGAAGACCAAGGCAAACCCAGCGAUGAAGACAGUUUAUAAGCUUGCCAAGGACCAUGCCAAAAUGCGAAUCAAGGAAGUCAAGAGUCGGUUGAAGCAAAAAGAGCAGGCCGAGAAUGGUUUCUCAACUGGAGGGUCAGUGGUCAUCGAUGACAGCACAGCAGGGUUUAGCUCCUCAACUGGUGCAGUCAGGAGGGAGGAUUCACUGCAAACCUGGGAUGACGAAAGGCCAGCCACUGUGCACUUUGGACAUGUUUGGGGGAAUGAGGCUCGCCCACCAAUGCUUUUGAAGAGACCAAGCAGCAAUGCAAGUCUGGAAAGCAGCACUGACCAGCCUCAGCCGUACCGCUCUCUGAAGGAGGUUGAGUUGAUGGAAGGGGAUGAUCCUGGUUUUGGGGCAGAAAGCCACACAGCCCCUCCCAGCCCAGUUAAUGAGAAGUUCUCCAGUGUCAACCUACUGGGCGACAUUUUUGGGUGCCAGGACGAGCCUGACAGCCAGCCGAUUACCUUGGCUAAAAGUCUCGAAGACCUGAGGAAUCCUAAAGAUGAGCUACACGCUAAGUUCACCUACCAGCGGAUGGACCUAAGUGUCAGUGACAACUCGCAAAUGCUUCCAGGCCUCAAGCUCUCCAACCCUUACAACAAGAUGUGGAGUAGAGGGAAGGAUGAAACAGUCUUGCCUGUUGGUGUGCCUACUACCUGUGAAAUACCUCCACCUAUCCAACUUCUUGUGCAGGCAGAAGCCCACUCGCCGGGCCGGGAAAGCUCCAGUGCAGGCACUGACCCUUUGGACCCCUCCACCGCUGGUAACAUCACAAUUCCUCGUCCCCAUGGAAGGAAAACGCCUGAACUUGGUACUGUCCUAGCACCCCCCAUGACCCAGUUGCGCACUAAAACAUCCGGAGCCAGUGAAGGAAGGACUACAUCAGGGGCAAAAGAGUUUCGACAUGCUCUGGGCAUGACUACAGACCUGCCGAGGCCUACAAUGGCCGCUGAGGACAGUAUAGAUCUGAUAAGCCUGCUAGACCCCCUUAAUAACUCAGCACAGUCCAGCUCAGCUGGGUUAACGGAUGGGGUAGAUGUCGGCGUGUCAUCUUCUUGCAAACAAACACUACCACCCAGGUCCUACCCACAGGACCUACCUCCUUUCUCACUGCAUCCUCACAUAUCACUGAAUCCUUUCGCCCAGUCUCUGCAGCACACCUCCUCUCAAAUGCAUUACUCCCCAGUUGUAAGUGCGAAUCCUUUCAAUGCAGUAUACGGGCCUCCUCCAGGCUCUUACUUAAACACUCCACCCCAGCCACAGUCGUUUUCUGCACAAACGGGGCUCUACAGACAGCAUUCACCAGGCAGCUCCACUCUGCCACCCUAUUACGGACUGCUUCAGUCCAGCUUCCCCUCCUCAGUCAGCCCCCUGCGUCCGUCCUCUGCCAGCAACCACGCAAUUUCCAGCCUGAUGGACUCCACAUCUGUCCCCACGACAGCCACGAACAUAUUGAAAAAGCCACUUCAAACUGAGGGAGACAGCGAGAAGAUUCAGGAUCCUUUUGGCGACCUGCUGACUAUGGCCAACCCAGCUACACCUCCAAAAAAGAAGGUGGAGGACCUUCGGAGAAAAUGGGAAACAUUUGACUAAAACCUGUCUAUAUGCACAGAAGUACACCUCCCUGUAACUACCCAUGCUUCCCUCACUACUCUAUCAGGACCUUCUCCUGCUUUUGAUGGUGCAUUAGCUCUGAUGCAGUCCACAUUGCCCAUGCAGCUCACAGCUAUAGAAAAAAAAACAACGGCUUAAUCUGACACUAAAGACCUGCCUCUAUCCUAAAAUGAGGAAAAAUUUUGUGGGGGGGGGCUGAGUUGAUAGUUUAUGAAAUUUUUCAAAUCAGUGUCUGCUGCUAUGUGUGAUCUUGGCCACCAUGAAAGACACAGAGGAGAACAAUGCAGGAGCUCAUUUGAGCAGGAUUAGAAUUUCCUGAAGCCUGUUAAGGAGCAAAUCUGGGAUAAUAUUUGAAAAGUUGUUCAUUUUAUUGUUUUAACAGAUGUUGUCGAGGCAAAGUCCUUAGUCCCUAUUAUAUGCAACAGGCACAGGUUGCAGACAGUCGCAACAGCCCACUGUCUGAAAGCAUCUCUGAUAGGGCAAAAGGGCAGGAUACGCCCUGGAAAGGUUGCAAGACCAUCACAGGGCAAACACAGACACUCACACCUACAACCAACUUAGAAUCGUCAAACACACGAUGUUUUUGGACCGUGGAAGGAAGCCUGGUGAAAAUCCACACAGGUGCAUUCUGUACUUACCUCUGGAUGUUGUUCGUGUGCCCAUGCAAAAGGGAAUGACAGGAAAAUAUACUUGAAGCAAAAAGCAGCAUUUAAUUAUUAGUACAGUUUUACUGUGUCACAUGACAUCAGUGCAGCAUAAUGAUCCUCUCAUUCCCUGAUAUUGCUUCAGAUGGACUAGUGUCGUGCAGGUUGAGUCUGUUUGUGCAAAUACAUCAGAGGUGAUGUAUAUUAACUGCCUCAGAAAGGUCCUGAUCCAGUAGGUAGGAAUGCCCCCCCACCCCCCACCCACCCAUGCACCCACCAAAACAACAACAACAACAACAAGCAUCUGCUCUGCUGCUGACCACUGACAAACAGGAGCGUGAGUCUGGUGAACAGACAGAGGGUGUUGGCUGCCUCCUCAGCCUAUAGCACUUGCAUUCAUCUAGCUCUACCCUAGGAUUUUCUGAAUUUGGAUAUUUUGUGUUUUUCUGCCAUUCUUCCAUGGAAAUGGAUUGCCAACUAUUUCUUGCUCAUUGCCACUCCCUUACAUGUUUGCUGACAUAUCUUUUUGCACAGCUCCCUCUCAUGUUAUCUGUCUUUAGUGCCACUGUACACAGUAUUUCCUGCAAGAGGAUAUAUGCCAUGCUCACAACAGCAUAUCUUAAUGAUGUCAACUUCUACAAUUAGGUUGUAUUGUUACUAGGAGCUAGUCUGCUAUAGUUGAUUGACAUCUUAAUGGCAUUAUGGUUCUGUAGCUACAAAUUGUGGUUCAGAGUUCAUCUAUUGAUGUUUUUGGUAGCUUUAUACAGAGUGCUGAUUUUAAACCUUUCUGUCUAAUUAAAUAUCUGGAGACUUUGAGUCACUCAUUGUAAACUGUGCUUUUUUAAUGAUCUUUAGGCCAGUUUUUUCUGCUAAUAUGCUAAUUAUUCACUUCUGUUGGUUUUUGCCUUAGUCGGGUAUUACUUUGUGUAUGAUGACAGUUAUUUUCUAAUGAGUCUUCUUACACCUUUUAAUGUCAAUCAUGCAUAGGGAGCAAAAAAAAUAAUGGUUUCUCACAUUUUUGCCAACCAGUUACCAAUUCAGCUGUUGUGAUUUCUCCAGCAUCAGAAACUGUGUAGGUGUCCGUGCCCAUACAGCUUUCUGGGUGAUUUUGGGGCGUCCAUGCGUUGUGAAUGCCAAAAAGUCCUACCUGCUUCAAAGUGCUGUAUAGAUCUAGUUGCUGCUGUGUGUGUACAGAUGACACCAUGUUUGUUCUAUGAAUGAUUAAAGUAUGGUGGCAAGUAUCCGACUGCACCUGCUUAAAAUGUAGUACAAAUAUCUGAACAUAUCAACUUAACUUGAUUAAAAUUACUCUGACUCUGUAUUGUGUUUGACUAUGCA